GUAUCUUAUAGUUUCAUCAUCUAGCUUCUCAUAAAUCCUUAAGCCUCUUUCUUUCUCAUUAUUAUUUCCCUUCAAAACCAAAGCCUUAUUGCAAUAUGGAGUCAUGGACAGUUCCCCUCAGCCCAGAGACUUCGAGUGAUGAAGAGAGAGAUGAAAAUUCCGGCACUGCGAAACGAAGCUACGAGUGCACAUUCUGCAAGCGAGGCUUCACCAACGCUCAAGCCUUGGGAGGACACAUGAACAUUCACCGCAAGGAUCGAGCCAAGGCCAAGCAACUCUCGAACCAGUACCGCUCCAACGAGGACUACGUAUCAAUGUCUGCUUCUCAGUUCAGCACACCGAUUUAUACUCAACCGGCUUCUGGGUACUACCCAGUUUUGGGUCAUCAUGAGCAUCAUGUGCAGAGGAACUAUCAUCAGAUGUGUUAUCAGCCAUCUGAGUCUAGCCCUAGGUUUUAUAGUUCCAUGGAUGAUGAUUCAAUGUCAUCACAGUCGUCUGUGAGUCAUCAUGUGAACCAAGAACUCUGGGGUGCUAAUUUGAGCUUGAGGUUCAGCCCAGCUGGGCGCAUGGAGGACGAUGAUUUCAGAAUGGGAGUGAGGAAUCAUGAAGAAGUUGAUUUGGAGCUUCGUCUAGGCCAUGGAGGAUUUUAGUGCUGCAUUAAGUUGCUGGAUGACAUUGUGAUUUGCAGUAGUACCGAGGAAUUAACAGACUGAGUUACAGAGGUAUUCAAGACAUAUUUUAUAUAUCUAUUUUCCUUUAAAGUCU